UACAGUGACUGGAUAUACAUGAUAAGCGGGACACGGUGCUUUUUGUUCAACGAUGGGAAACGAGGAAUAUGUGUGGAUCCGUGCUGUUGUACUGCUGUUUCUUUGUGACUGCUCUGCUUCGCAAUUAUCUUACUCCAUAUCCGAGGAGGUGAACAAAGGCACCGUGGUUGGGAAUAUCGCAAAGGACCUAAACUUGAAUGUACAAGAGCUAGAAACCAGGGAUCUGCGCAUUGUUUCGAGUUACAGUAAGAAAUAUUUUGACGUGAAUUUGCGGACAGGGAAUCUCUUUGUUGAUGACAGGAUAGACAGAGAAGAGCUUUGCCCGAACACGGCGCAAUGCUCCCUGAGAAUACAGGCUGUUUUAAGCAACCCUAUGAAUGUUCACCGCAUUGAGGUCAGUGUUGUAGACAUUAAUGAUAACUCACCAGAAUUCAUCGAGCAGGCGUAUUCGUUAAACAUCUCAGAAUCAAUGUCGCCAGGAGAACGAUAUCUCCUCCUGAUUGCAGAGGAUGCCGACAUAGGCAGCAACUCGGUGAAGAGCUACAAGCUGAGCCAAAAUGAAUAUUUCUCGCUGGAUGUGCAGAGCGGUGGAGAACACGGUGUGUCCGCUGAGUUAGUGCUGCAGAAAGCUUUAGAUCGAGAGAAACAAGCGGUGAUUAAACUUACUCUAACUGCUGUAGACGGAGGGAAACCUGCUAGAUCAGGUGCACUGCAGAUAAACAUUAAUGUGUUAGAUGUAAACGAUAACACACCAGUUUUUAGCAAAUCAUUGUAUAAGAUCCGUGUGCCUGAAAAUGCUGCACAGGGAACUUUGAUAAUAAAACUAAACGCAACUGAUUUAGAUGAGGGGAUAAAUAGUAAGAUCCUGUAUUCAUUUUUAAAACAACGGAAUGCAGAUCCAUCUCAAUUAUUUAAUCUUAAUCCAGAAACAGGAGAAAUCACUGUUAAAGGAAGUUUAGAUUAUGAAGAAACACCGGCUUAUGAAGUGAGAGUUCAAGCAAAGGAUGAAGGCCCCACUCCUCGCAGUGCUCAUGCUAAACUUUUGAUUGAAAUAAUUGAUGUGAAUGACAAUGCUCCAGAAAUAUCCGUGACGUCACUCAUGACACCAGUCAAAGAAGACGCAGAGCUGGAGACAAUAGUUGCCUUGGUUACAGUGAGUGAUAAAGAUGGAGGAAACAAUGGUGUAAUUAACUGUAAGGUAGUGGGCUCUGUUCCCUUUAAACUCAAGUCCAACUACAAGAACGACUAUUCAUUAGUAGUAGAUGGGGCACUGGACAGAGAAAACACCUCUCUUUACAAUGUCACCAUUACAGCCACAGAUGAAGGAAGUCCUCCUCUGUCCAGUGUCAGGGUCGUUACUGUUCACGUGUCCGAUGUCAAUGAUAAUGCACCUCGUUUCAACGAGCCUGUGAUUAAUGUUUAUGUGAAAGAGAAUAGUGCAGUGGGAGCAGUGAUAUACACAAUAAGCGCUUUUGAUCCUGAUCUGGACAUUAAUGCAAAACUGACUUACAAGCUGUUAGACAGCUCUCAAAAGUCGAUUCCUAUUUCAUCCUUUGUAAACAUCAACUCAGAGACUGGAGAUAUAGUCAGCCUGCAGUCUUUCAACUAUGAGGAGUUAAAAACACUUCAGUUCAAAGUUCAGGCCACAGACUCUGGUGUUCCUCCGCUCAGCAGCAAUGUAACCGUGAACGUUUUGAUCCUGGAUGAGAAUGACAAUAAUCCAAAUAUUCUGGCACCCUAUUCUGAGCAUGGCUCCGUUAACAGUGAGAGCAUCCCCUAUUCUGCUGAAGCAGGAUACUUUGUGGCAAAGAUCAGGGCUGUAGACGCUGACUCUGGAUACAACGCGCUGCUUUCUUAUCACUUUGAGCCCAAAGGAAACAACCUCUUCCGGAUCGGAACCAGCACCGGAGAAAUCAGGACUAAGAGGAGGAUGAGUGACAAUGACCUGAAAACUCACCCCUUGGUGGUGUCAGUCUCUGAUAACGGAGAACCCUCCCUGUCAGCUACUGUGUCUAUUGAUGUGUUGGUGGUGGAGAGCACAGCUGACAUCCAGACCCAGUUCAGACAUGUGACCAUAAAGGAGGAGAGCUUCUCUUCUUUGAACCUCUAUCUGCUCAUCGGUAUUGUGGCGGUGUCAGCCAUCUUCCUGCUCAGCCUAAUCACUUUAAUAGCUGUCAAAUGUCACAGGACAGACGGCUCCUUCAGCAGGUACGGGGCCCCAAUGAUCACCACCCAUCCUGACGGGAGCUGGUCUUACUCCAAAUCUACUCAGCAGUAUGACGUGUGUUUCAGCUCAGACACACUCAAGAGUGAUGUAGUGGUUUUCCCCGCCCAGUUUCCACCUAUAGAUGGUGAACUCAUCAGUAUCAAUGGAGGAGACACUUUUACCAGAACUCAGACUUUACCUAACAAGGAACAGGUAUGUGUUAUCUUUCCAAUACACUGA